UAUUUGCAGGCUAAGACAUCCACAGUAAGAAAUACUUCCAAACUAAUCCAGCAGCUACUCUUGGUUUCACCACCACCAUCACCAGUCAGAAAACUUGCUCUAGGUUGCAAGAAUGUCCACAAAACACACUGGCGGAAUAAACCCAAGUUGCCAUUGGAGCAACUGUUCAGGCAAUUUUCUAGAAAAUGCCAAUUAUGCACAUUGCGUCGCCUACUUUUUCCUGACAUUUAACAGCAUAACUACAACUUACCGUGCAUAUAUCAACAACGAUACACAAAUGGUAGUCUUUAUCAUUUUUGUCUACUUAGGUUAUUUUGUGCUGGACUUCUGCAUAACCACUUAUAAUCAACUGCCUCGCAAUGGCGAAUAUCAUUGCAAGAAAGAAUUCUUGAAAGUAGCUAUAUGGAGCUUAACAUCAGCAGUUCUAUUUGGGUUUGGAUACCAGUUUUCGACAUUCAUGAGUAUGUCUGUUGUUUCGCUCAUGUAUGGAGUUGCAAUAAUCUGCAGUCUCUUUCUCUUCUAUGUCUAUUUCGUGUGUUACAGCGAUGGCCAGAAUAGUGAUUUUAGGGUUUGUUGCAAUGUCGAAAGCAUAGAGAUUUCGCAUCUUUCUUCCAGUGGACGACUGACGGGUGACAAGAAUAACAAGUAUGGCGCCAGUCCUUUAGAAAAUGUAUAGUUAACUUUAGGAGAGAAAGAUGUGUGUGAUGAUCAUGUGCUCAUGGCAAGACAUGAGUACUGGAAUAAAAUUGUUGCUUGGUAUGGUGUGUUUAUAUAUUUGUAUGUACUAUCAGUCUUAGUAAAUUAAAGGCAUGUGAUUGUUUUAACUCA